CCCAUGUCACUCACUCAUCCAUUUAACCAUCUCUGUUGGACUGUCGGUGGAUUACAAAGGUUUGGGCAAUGAAUUUCUCCGUCGAACUCCGGCUAUCAGCGUACAACGGGGCAAACACACAUCUGAGGCUAGAGGAUGGAGAUGGCGGCGUCGGAAUUUGUAGAUGUCCGGUGGUGACCCUGGAACAAGGUAGCGGCGAAGAUGGUGGUGGCGGCGGCGUCAAGCGACAGCAGAGACCGGCGGUGUCUUACGACGGUGAAGACUGGCGGUGUCCAGCGACGGCAGAGAUUGGCGGCGUCCGGAGGCAGCAACGUUCGUCAUCUGGCAGCGGCGUCAAGUGGCGGCGUAGGGCGGUGGUUAGGGGCGGCGGUUACUGGUGCAGGUACUGCCCCUAGAUGGUGUCAGCGACAACUUGUGGUUGGGGAAGGAAAAAUACGUUGUUGACUUGUUGUGUAAUGCAUUAAUUAGUUUAUUAUUCUAUUUUGUAUUUUUACUAAAUAAGUUUGACUAUUCAUUAAAG